AUUCAAUUUGUUUGUGUUUAUAAAAUGGGCUGUAAUACAGUUCCUUGGGCUUGCUGUAACACAACCAAACAGUAGGGGGCGCCAUGAGACCAUCACGACCUCAGGAACGAAGAGGAAGUUCAGUUCAGGAAGGACGGAAGCUGCUGAAGAAGAGAGGGAAAUCAAACGUCGCUGCAAAAAAACGAGGGAAACUAGAAUCAUUACAGCGGGAGACAGGAGCUGUCAGCUGAGUGAGUCCCAAGGACUCUUCCAUUCAGGCUCCUGAAUCUGCGGGAAAAUGAGGGACUGGGCUGUAAAAGUUACUGCAGCGAGCUGCCGAGCGCUGGGAGCCAGGCGGUUUUACCGGUUUGAUCCCUCAGGGCUCAGGUCACCUGCUUUCAUAAGGGCUUCAGUUGAGAGCAAGAGCAGCAGGUCUCUAGGUUGGUCCCACAGAGGACGCCUCCAGCAGCAGCCAUCUUGGAAGUGGCGGUAUUGCCCUGGCACGUUGGUUCGAUACAAUCAACGUCUCCACUGAGGUGGUGCCAGUGGUUUGGUCCCGCGUAUGGCUCACUUCUCCAUCACGGCGCAUCACUAGGAUACUGGGGGUGGAGCGACAGCAGCCUGUCCCGGUAAGGGGAGGAGAGAGCGGGGAGCAGAGGCGGUACUUUCUCCGCGGCUCGUUUCUCGGCGUUGGAGAGUGUGGGACCAGGGCUGGAGAGAGACCGCCGCCGGGGAGCAUCAGCAGAACCAGUCCAGCACGGAGCCUCGCCUGGCCGACCGCUGCGCCGUGCACUCUUCUCGGGGACUGCACAACAUUCCUGUGAAAUAUAACUGCUUUUAAUGGCAUGUGGCUUGUAACUUUACUUCUGCUGUAUUCUUUGCAAGAAGUCAACAGUGAGGAUGUUGUCUCCACACGGCUGUACUUUGUGAACGCCUCCCUGCAGCGGGUGACCUUCUCCAGCUCGGUGGGGGUGUCCCUGCCCUGCCCUGCGGGCGGCGCCCCCCAUGCUGUCCUGCGCUGGUACCUGGCCGCCGGAGACGACAUUUACGACGUGCCCCAUAUCCGUCACGUGCAUGCCAACGGCACCCUCCAGCUCUACCCGUUCUCUCCCUCCGCCUACAACAGCAUCAUCCACGACAAUGAGUACUUCUGCACUGCUGAGAACCAGGCAGGAAAGAUUCGAAGCCCCAGCAUCCACAUCAAAGCAGUGUUCAGGGAGCCUUACACAGUCCGUGUGGCUGACCAACGCUCCAUGCGGGGUAACGUUGCUGUGUUCAAGUGCCUCAUCCCCUCAGCCGUGCAGGAGUACGUCAGUGUGGUGUCUUGGGAGAAGGACACUGUCUCCAUCAUCACAGGUAACCGUUUCUUCCUGACCUCAUACGGCGCUCUGUACAUCUCAGAAGUGCAGAAGGAAGACGCUCUGUCCACCUACCGCUGCAUCACAAAGCACAAGUACAGUGGAGAGACUCGCCAGAGCAAUGGAGCCAGACUCUCUGUUAUGGACCCUACGGAGUCCACCCCGUCACUGCUGGACAGUUUUCAGUCCGGUGAGGUGCAGGUGGGGCACAUCGUGGAACUGCCCUGCAUUGCAUCUGGAUACCCAAACCCCACCAUCCGAUGGCUGAAGGACAGUCGGCCAUUACCCGCGGACUCCCGCUGGACACGGCGCAUCACUGGCCUCACUAUUUCAGACUUGAGGCUCGAGGACAGUGGCAACUACAUCUGUGAGGUCACCAACAGCUUUGGCUCCAAAGAGGUGACGGGUCAUCUCAAUGUCAUAGAGCCGCUGCGGGUCACCUUGUCUCCCAAGAACCUGAAGACAGGGAUCAGCAGUACAGUCAUCCUGUCCUGUGCCGUCCAGGGCUCCCCCCACUUUUCCGUGUCCUGGUACCGUAACACAGAACCUGUCAUGCCUGAUCAGCACUUUUCCAUCCAGGGAGCUCACAAUGAAACACUAUUCAUUUCUGCUGCACAAAAGAGACACUCAGGAGCUUACCAGUGUUUUGCCACAAGAAAGGGCCAGACUGCCCAGGAUUUCUCCAUCAUCUUGCUGGAAGAUGGCACACCUCGAAUCGUUGCCUCCUUCAGUGAAAGGGUUGUCGUCCCGGGUGAACCGUUUUAUUUGAUGUGCGCCGCCAAAGGAGCACCUCCCCCGACCAUCACCUGGACCCUGGACGACGAGCCUGUGGCGCGAGAUUUGUCGCGUAUCAGAACCAGCCAGUACACGCUCUCAGACGGCAGCACUGUCAGCCACGUCAACAUCAGUAGCCCACAGAUUCGUGAUGGAGGAGUGUAUCGGUGCGCCGCACGAAACUCGGCCGGUAGCGCCGAGUACCAAGCGCGCAUAAACGUAAGAGGUGCUCCAAGGAUUCGGCCUAUGAAGAACAUCACCGCAGUGGCAGGAAGAAACACUUUCAUUAACUGCCGGGUGAUUGGUUACCCUUAUUACUCAAUCAACUGGUACAAGGAGGGACUUCUUCUGCCUGAUAACCAUCGCCAGGUGGUGUUUGAGAACGGGACUCUGAAGCUCAGCGACGUUCAGAAAGGGAUGGAUGAGGGGGCCUAUGUGUGCAGCGUGCUCAUCCAGCCACAGCUCUUCAUCACACAGACUGUUUAUGUCACUGUCAAAGUUCCUCCGCUGAUCCAGCCAUUUGACUUUCCUCCGACUUCCAUUGGUAAACUGAUGUACAUUGCCUGCGUGGUGUCAUCUGGAGACAUGCCUAUACGCAUCACGUGGCGCAAGGACGGGCAAGAGAUUGUGGCCUCCUCGGGCAUCACUAUUGACACAAAGGAGUUCAUGAGUUCCCUCCAGAUAUCCAAGGUGUCGCUGAAACACAAUGGCAACUACACCUGCAUCGCCAGCAAUGAUGCUGCCACUGUCAGCACAGAGAGGCAGCUUACUGUCACAGUACCCCCUCGAUUUGUGGUGCAGCCUAACAACCAGGAUGGGAUCUAUGGGAAAGCUGGGAUCCUCAACUGUUCUGUUGAUGGAUACCCUCCUCCCAAGGUCAUGUGGAAGCAUGCCAAAGGUGCACUAGCGGGUAUUGGGAACCCGCAGCAGUACCACCCUGUGCCUCUGACGGGACGUAUCCAGAUCAUGAAUAAUGGCUCUCUGCUCAUCAGACAUGUCCUGGAAGAGGAUCGUGGCUUCUACCUCUGUCAGGCCUCUAAUGGAGUGGGCUCAGACAUCAGCAAAUCCAUGGUUCUCACCGUUAAGAUCCCGGCAAUGAUCACCAGUCACCCUAACACUACCAUGGCUAAGAAGGGUCAUGUGAAGGAGCUGAACUGCACAGCCAGGGGAGAAUGGCCCAUCAUCAUCCGCUGGGAAAGAGGCGACACAGUCAUUGACCCUGACCGCAACCCCCGCUACUCCAUCACCACCAGUCCCAAUGAGAAGACUGAUGAGGUGUUGUCUACACUCAGGCUAAAGCCAGCAGAGCGUGAGGAUUCAGUCUUCUUCUCUUGUCAUGCCAUCAACUCUUAUGGAGAAGGACGAGGCCUUAUACAGCUUACUGUGCAAGAGCCACCAGACCCUCCGGAGUUGGAAGUGCGAGAAGUGAAAGAUCGUAGCAUGAAUCUGCGUUGGACUCAGAGAUUUGAUGGGAACAGUGUCAUUACUUCAUAUGAUAUUGAGUAUAAGAACAAGACAGAUUCAUGGGAGUUGAAGCAUGCCACUCGAAAUAUCUCCCCCACCAACAAUCAAGCCAACAUAGUGGACCUUCAUCCUGCCUCAGUCUACAGCAUCCGCAUGUAUUCUUACAACACCAUCGGAAAGAGCGAGGCCAGUAAGGAACUCACCAUCAGCACAGAGGAAGCGCAGCCUGAUGGUCCACCCAUAGAUGUGAUCCUGCAGCCUGUCACCUCUCAGAGUAUCAGGGUAACCUGGAAGGCUCCGAGGAAAGAGUUGCAGAACGGCGUUAUCCGGGGUUACCAGAUCGGUUACAGAGAGAACGGCCCUGGCAGUAAUGGCCAGUACAGUAUUGUGGAGAUGAAGGCCACUGGAGACAUUGAAGUCUACACUCUGGACAAUCUGAAGAAGUUUGCCCAGUAUGGUGUGGUCGUCCAGGCCUUUAACAGAGCUGGCACAGGACCUUCUAGCUCAGAGAUCAACGCUACAACCCUGGAGGAUGUGCCCAGUCAGCCUCCCCAGAAUGUGCGAGCCAUUUCUGUCACAUCAGACGAGGCGGUAAUCACAUGGGCCGAGCCUCCCAGAUUGACUCUGCACGGCGUAUUGAAGGGAUAUCGCAUCGUCUUCUGGGCCGUCUUCCCAGAUGGAGAGUGGGGUGAGAUGCAAAACAUAACAACCACCAAGGAGCAGGUGGAGCUCAGAGGCCUGGAGAAGUUCACCAACUACAGCAUCCAGGUGUUGGCCUACACCCAGGCCGGAGAUGGAGUCCGUAGCAACGUCCUUUACAUCCAAACUCGUGAAGACUACCCUGGACCACCAGCUGGCAUCAAAGCUGUCCCCUCCUCUGCUAGCAGUGUUGUGGUGUCCUGGUUACCCCCUCAUAAGCCAAAUGGAAUCAUCCGCAAAUAUACCAUCUACUGCUCCAGCCCCGGGUCGGGCCAACCGCUGCCCAGUGAGUAUGAAGCCAAUCCUCAGCUGCUGUUCUACCGAAUCACCCAUCUCAACCACCGGCAGCAGUACCUGAUCUGGGCUGCAGCCGUUACCACAGCAGGCCGUGGUAACUUCAGUGACAAGGUCACUGUGGAGCCAGCAGCCAAGGCCCCAGCUAAGAUCUUGUCAUUUGGGGGCACUGUAACCACUCCUUGGAUGAAAGAGGUGCGUCUGCCCUGUAGUUCAGUUGGAGAACCAACACCUACGAUAAAAUGGACCAAAGACAGCGAGGACACAGCCAUCCCAGUGUCUCUGGAUGGACAGCGUCUCAUUAUGACCAAUGGGACGUUAGUGCUGCGCUCUGUCAAAGCAGAAGACUCGGGUUACUACACCUGCACAGCCACCAACACCCUCGGCUUUGACACCAUCAUAGUCAACCUUUUAGUGCAAGUCCCCCCAGACCAGCCUCGUCUCACGGUCUCCACCACCUCCACCUCUUCCAUCACUCUGGCCUGGAUACCAGGGGACAACGGAGGUAGCUCUAUCAGAGGUUUUGUGCUGCAGUACUCUGUCGACAACACAGAGGAAUGGAAAGAUGUUUUUAUCAGUUCUACUGAGCGCUCCUUCAAAUUGGACAACCUGCGCUGUGGCACCUGGUAUAAAGUAAAGCUCGCUGCCAAGAACAGUGUUGGAGCUGGACGCAUCAGUGAGAUCAUUGAAGCAAAGACCCACGGGCGAGAACCCAUGUUCAAUAAGGAUCAGUCAGUCUUCACUCACAUCAACUCCAGCCAUGCCCGCCUCAACAUCCAGGGUUGGGCCAGUGGAGGCUGUCCAAUCAGCGCUGUCACACUAGAGUUUAGACCAAAGGGUACAUGGUCAUGGCAGAUUGUACGUACCAAUGCCACCACAGACGUGUUCCUGGCAGAGUUGCAUGAGGCCACCUGGUAUGAACUGAAGAUGAAAGCAUGUAACAGCGCUGGCUGUGGAAAUCAGACCUCCCAAUUUGCCACACUGGACUUUGAUGGCAGUACAAUCCCACCAAGCAAGUCGCCCUUGGAAAAGAACGAUGAUGUCAAGACGCUGUUUUCUAUUGGCUGUCCCGUCAUCUUGGUCACCCUGGGUGUUGCGCUCCUCUUCAUAAUUCGCAAGAAACGCAAGGAAAAACGGCUGAAGAGACUAAGAGAUGCCAAGAGCCUGGCUGAGAUGCUGAUCAGUAAAAACAACCGCAGUUUCGACACCCCAGUGAAGGGCCCUCCCCAGGGCCCACGCUUACACAUUGACAUUCCCAGAGUGCAGCUGCUAAUUGAGGACAAAGAAGGCAUCAAGCAAAUCGGUGAGGAUAAGGCCACGAUUCCUGUGACAGACACCGAGUUCAACCAAACUGGAAACCCCCAGAGCUUCUGCACAGGUGUAUCUGUUCAUCACCCUGCCCUCAUCCAGAACACCGGCCCUUUGAUUGACAUGUCAGACAUUAGACCAGGAACCAAUCCAGUGUCGAGGAAGAGUGUGAAGUCAGCCCACAGCAUCAGAAACCGCUACUCCAGUCAGUGGACUCUGACCAAGUGCCAGGCCUCCACGCCAGCCCGCACUCUCACCUCAGACUGGCGUACAGUGGGCUCCCAGCAUGGCAUAACCGUCACAGAGAGUGACAGCUACAGUGCCAGCCUCUCACAGGACACAGACAAGGGUCGCAACAGCAUGGUAUCGACAGAGAGCGCCUCCUCCACCUACGAGGAGUUGGCAAGAGCAUAUGAGCACGCCAAGCUGGAGGAGCACCUGCAGCAUGCCAAAUUUGAGAUAACAGAGUGCUUUAUCUCUGACAGCUCAUCUGACCAGAUGACCACAGGUACCAACGACAAUGGAGACAGCAUGACGUCCAUGAGUACACCAUCGGAGCCUGGUAUCUGCCGUUUCACUGCCUCGCCACCCAAACCCCAGGACUAUGACCGUGGCAAGAAUGUAGCUGUGCCCAUUCCACAUCGUGCCAAGAGUGACUACUGCAACCUACCCCUCUACAUGAAGUCUGACCCCUUCUUCCGAAAGCAGUCGGAGCAUCAUGACCCAUGUCCAGUGGUUCCACCCCGUGAAGCCUCUAUUCGUGGCCUGGCCCAGAGAUCAUACCACACCCAGGGCCGUCAUGUGACUAUGGACUCAAAGCAGCAGGCCCUGACCAAGGGUCAUUCUGGCCUGUCUAACCUGACUUCCUCUGGGGCAUCCUCUGGAGGAGCAACAGGGGGUGGAGGUUGUGGGAGUGGUGGAGCAUCUGCUAGCUCCAGCAGCUCCACACUUCCCCAGAGGACUCUCACCAUGCCCGGCUCCUCUGCCUCAGCAGCUCAGAGUGCAGCGGCUGCUGCUGCUGCUACUGCUGCUGCAGCUGCUGCGGCAUCAGCAUCCUCCGGUGGAGGUGGAGCAACAGGGGCCACAGGAGGAACCCCAGGAGGUGCCUCCUCAUCAUCCUCCAAGAUGGGAGGAUCCAGAGACUCUCUCUUGGAGAGCAGCUCCUCGGGCUUAGGCAGACUGCAGAAGCAGCGGGAUGGAGGGGCAGGGGCCUACUCCAAGUCCUACACACUGGUGUAGCCUGCCAUCACCGCGGCCUGUCACUGUAACUCUUUAAAGACUGCUGGUCAAACUGGCAUUUGCCUGGAGCCUCUGUGGAAAAGCGAGCUGAGGAACACACAAAUGCACAGUUGAGCCGUCAGGGCCUGCGCUGUGCCAGGCUGCAGGAGGCUGGUUGGGUUCCCAUCGACACUACUGUAUGAAGGGGUCAGAGGUGGCUCUCCACAGCACAGGGGUUUGCCUUCCUUUCUGCCUGAUUGCUUUCUAUAAUUAUUAUUAUUAUUAUUAUUAUUAUUAUCAUCAUGUCAUCUUUCUCUCUCUUAUUUCAUCACCCUGGAAAUCACUUUGCCAAAUCAUAAAUGAUUUAUCUUUUCACUUUUAUCUUUUACUUUUCAAGUAAGGACACUGUAUGCACAAAAUACUUUCACCGAGCACUGUCUGAUCUUCUGCAUCAAGACGGUGGUAGAUUGAACUAGGUUUGCUUGAGUUUUCACACAGAUGUGUGUUGAAGUUUUUUAGUUUAGUUCUGAUUCUUUUCUCUUUUUUUUCUUCUUUUUUUUUAAAUCCGUUACUUUUCUCUGGUCUGUGAUGGAAGAAGAGCUCAUAUCACAGUAUUGUGCCAUGGCGGGAUGCUUUUACUGUAUGCAUAAACCACCAGCCUCUGGGUUACACUGGCUCUCAGAGCUUAUUCCACCACGGAUUCAUACAUAAAAGGCAGUGGAAGGACUGUCCAGUUUUGAGACAUGGGCAAUUUUCUUAUACAUGCAAUGGAUGACACAGCAUAGUGGUCUUAACUGAUGGUUUUAUAAACAGACUCAAAACCGAGCAGAUAAACAAUGUCGGGCAUCAUCAUGUGAAAGAGGAAUCCAAAACCUUUUAUUUUAUUUUAUUUUUCUCUGACAAUGGGAAUAUAAUCUCAUGUGCACUAAGAAAAAGUUAGCUUGGAUCCAAGUAACAUAAACCUUCACAAGCCUGCGUGUGUGUGUGUGUGUGUGUGCGCGCGCGUGAGAGAGUGAGUGUAUAUGUGUAAAUAUGUAUAUGUGUACAUGUGGCAGGCACACACAACAACAGUGGACAUUUUAAAAUCAAUCUGUAUUCUGACCACUUCGGCAGAUCUGUAUCACGACUGAACACCGCCCCCUAGUGUUCAUUUUGUACCAAGGAAGGAGGAUCUUGGGACAGUAACAGGGAUGAUGCUGAUUUGAAGAAGUGGUUUCAAACGAGAGCGAGAUAGAGUUAUUUUCUUUGCUUUUCCUCUCAGAACAAAGAAGACGGAGGCCCUUUUAUAUAUAUGUUCAUCCUGGUGCCACAAUACCUUUAUUAUUUCUGACUCAUUUUACCUUUUCUAUCCCUCUCUAUCCUUCCCCACCCUCACUUAUCCCCAACCAGGCCCCCCAUCAUAUCCAUACAGUGUCACUGUGACCUAGUGCUGCCUUUACAGGCUUGUUAUUGAAGACAGACGGAGAGAAGAGGUCCUAUAUGCACAGACAGGCAGAAAUGCUGUUUGAUUUUCAAAGACAACUUGCGUGGGUUGUUGGACGAGUGCAGUGGAAAUGUACAGCAAAGUUAUAGAGAUGAAAACAUGAAGCUAGACAUAAACUUGGAUUUAUGGACGGACAAUGACUUUGAGAUUAUAGACGGAGAGAUCAAGUGUUAAUAGAAUUUGCAGUUGUGUUUGAGAAACGGGAAGGUACAACUCGGAGAGAUAAGAUUUUUCUUUAGAACUAACAGAUGUGUUUUCAAGUCCCUCCACCUCACGGAAAUUAAUUUUAGCUUUAUAAAUAGUACUGUAUUUGUUUAUUUAUUUUUCUUCUUCUUCGUCUCCCAUUUCUGCUCCCAAAGCUUAUUCCCAUUACAAAGAUUGUUCCAAAAAAAAAAACAACAAAAAAACACAGAGUUGCUCCAAAUGUUUUGCAAAGGUAAAAUGUAAAAUCAGGGCUCUCGCAAUAGAAAAAAAAUGAAAAGAUACGAUAUAUAUGUUUGUUUUCAAAAGUAUGUACAUAUAUAUUUCUAUUCAAAUAUAUAGCAAAUAUAUGAAUAAUGAAAAAAGCAGAGAAAUAUAGAAACUGUUCUAAUUGAAAAUAUAUAUAAAAGAUCACAAGACAAUCGCUCAGAGUUAAGAAAAAACAACAAAACAACAAAAAAAACGCAGGAAGAAAGGAAGGAAAAGAAGGAAAGUUAAACGGGUAGCACAACCAUGGACAGGAGACCUUGGAGAGAAAGGAAAAUGGUGUGAAAGAAAAUGACGUGGUGAUGAUACAAUGACUCCCUUGUGAUUUUGUAAAUGUUCCAGCUACAGCAGGUAGCAGCUGAGAGGUCAAGCACAGUAAAGUCAAAUUAUAGUGUGAGAUUGUGUCGCUGGUGAACUGUGGUCUACGGCUCAGUGCAGAACGUGUGGUGAAACAAGGACAGCCUAUACAGUAAAUGAGCCUAUUGUAAUAUGUUGUAUUGUACCUUCCAAAGGUGUGUUCACAAACUCAAUGCCAUUCUCUGACUAUGGGUUAAUGAAGACAAACAGAUAUACACAGAUUUCUGUUUCUAAUCUCUGUCAUAGCAAGUUCUCCCCAGACUCUAGGACUGAAAGCCAACAAACAAAUACCACAAAGUAAAACUGCUCAUAAAAGUCGUCAUCCCCCGCCCCCAUGUAGUCAGAAUAGAAAUGUAUUUUUUAAUUUCCAUUUUAUAGAUUGUUAUUUUACAUUUUCAUUUCAGCAUUUACAUUCCAAGUUAUGCAAAAAGAGAAAAAUAGGACAGGACUUUUUUUUAGAAACCAAAAAAAACAAACCAGAGGGUUCCUUACUCCAGUUGUAUGGAUAUUGGAUGGAGUGAUUAAAUAAACUGCCUAACCUGCUUCCCCCCCCCCCCCAGUUCUACUGUAAAGUUACUUCCAAACACAGAUCUACAGUCAGUUUGACCAAAGUAAAUCUAUCAUCUGUCUUUAUGGGAAUAUCCCGCCAUCACAUUUUUAUUAACAAUUUUUCAUACUUUAUCAGCAUUUGAUUCUAAAAGUAUUAAUUCAGCAGUGAGUGAUUCGUUACUUAUGACUUAGUCUUGACCCAUUUCGUUUCCCCACAAUUACAUCAACACAGUACAAAUGUUUUUAUUCUUAUAGAUAUGACACGACAUCUGCAGUUUACUGUGGUGACUUAGUGACUGGCUGGAUUUCCCCUCAAAGUGCAGAAACAUACUUUCAAACUCACUCUGUGUCUGUGUUUGCGUGGGCAACUUCACACGCUAUUUCCUCCCCCUUUUCCACAUCUGUCUAACCAAUCAGAUGUCUCCCCCCCAACGACCCCACCCCACCCCGCCUACACUGUACCCCUUUGCCCACACCUGUACUCCAUAAUAGACUUGUGUACAUAGAAAAGUGUUUUGUAUAAAUGAGUACUAUUUUCGACAUCUUCACUAGAAACCAGGGCACAAUGUAAACUCUGAAUACCUGAAGUUAUUGUAAUGAAACAGAAAAGAACUUAAUGAAAAAUGAUAUAACUAUACACAUACACACACACACA